AACAGAACAUCUUCUGCCUGAGGCUGCCAUCGUCAUACCGAUCGCUCGCUCAUCAUGUCAAUUCCUCCGUCUUGCUCUUCACCCUCAAAUGCCUCCAUCUCGAGGUCAGAAGAAGAGUUCGAUCCAGACUGGACCUACUACCCUCUGUCUGAAAGCUUCAUCAAAGACCUAAAGUCCUGGAAACAGCAAACCAUCUCCUUUCUCGACCUACCACGAUCCGUCAGGGAACGCAUCUACCCCUUAAACCUUGAAUUGUACGUCAGGGAAGGCAUCCGUUAUUCGAAGCGCACACGAAAAUCGUGUAAAUUUGACAUCUACAUCGGAAAAUACGUCGAUCGUGACUUUCUGUCUUGGGCGCGGAACCAAGUCGAUUCCACCCCCUGGCGAGGGUAUAUCCCACGCUCGCUCUAUCGCCCUUUGCACCGAAAGUUCUUCGAAGCCCUACAAUCAUGGGAAAAACAAACUGUCUCCUUCCUCGAUCUACCACCAGAGAUCAGAAAUCGCAUCUACAGCUUUGCUUCAGAAAUUACCAUCGAUCCUAACGACACUGGUGACCUGUUCAGUCGUCCGCAUUCCCUGUUCGGCUGGAGUCGAGGAGGUCUGAUGCAUUCCUGCGCCCAGGUACGACGUGAGUUCAUGCCUGUCUUUGUCUCGUCACUAGACCCCGUCUUGAAUCUCAUGCAUUGUGAAUAUCAAACCGGCCUGGAAAAUGCAGUCUGGAUGGAACGGACUGCACCAGCACUCAUUGCACACACUCGGGUUGUGCUGGAGUUGGUCGUGAUGAACCUUAUCAAUGAUCAAAUAGUUCGCGGUACCCGUCUCGCACAUCUGUCUGUCAAAGUGUUGGAGGGCGGCCGUGUUGCGGUUUCCAAAGUCGGUGGCAAAAGGCUUGCCAAGGAGAUCCAAAAGAAGGUCGCGGAGAGUGUACAGCACGGCUCCACUGGACUGAUGGGAUAUCGAGAGUUCAGAAUCAUCAAGGAACUUAUUGGCAAGUACCACCCAUUCCUUGGUUCCACCCGAUCACCUCAAAAGCAUUACAUGUCGCACCUUUACCGUGCUCCGCUUUUCGAAUACUAGCACGACAGGGACGAGGGGAACUACAGUAACCACAGUAAUGAUAAAGUCGCAGAGAAUCGUCAGCGGAGGAAGGGAGAGAGAGACGACGAUGUGGCACUAGAGCCCGAUACGAACCAACGACACCACAGCAUCAUGAAGACUACGACAACAUACUAUGACUAUCAAGCUACGAUGACGAAGUCCAUGAAGAACGCAAUAAUGAGAGAACAUGCCGACAAGGACAUAUAUUUACCACACGCAGAAGGAGCAAAGAUUCGGAGGAACGAUAAUAGCUAAUGGAGGAAAGACGAUUGACAGUCACAGAGACUGUCUACAACAUGUGGCUUGUAUUGCUACACUAACCGAAUUGCUCAGCCAAAAGACAAACGACACAUUCGGCGAGCCAGCUGCUCAGCCUAGCUAACUUGCUUCAUACCAACCAAAAGACAUGCUAUCAGAAAACAUGCU